AUGGCCAAUCAAAUCGUAUCCCUAACCUGCACCGUUCUGUUGGUGGUGUUGCUGUUGGUGCAAAGGACAGCACGGGCUAAUCCGGUGCCGGCAAAGAUUUUGGGCAAAUACGUGCUGUCGUACCAAUCGCCCGGAUCACACGUGCACCUGAAUCACCAUCAUCAUCAUCAGCACCACACCACGACCAACAGUAACCACGACGAUGAAGACGACGACAACGACGACGACGACGACGACGCGGAAGAACUAAACGACGUCUCGAACGGGCUGGAAAGCGAAGAAAAUGAGUCUCCACGAGCUCAAGCACACCACCAAGCACCGACCGUUCACUUCCGGUAUCGGCCACACUACCAGCAACCUCCGGAACAGUACACCGAUCCGGAGCAGGAACACGACAUGGCGGAGUACGCGGAAGACUCGGCUACGGCAAGUGCCAACCAUCACCAUCAGUACAUGACCACGUACAAGACGGUCACGAGGCACGGAAGUGGAAGCCGAGGGCACACCAACACCUACUCGAACUCCGGAAGUGAGGAGGACGAAACGGAAUCGAGUGCAAGUGAGGAGUCUUCGAACGCCUACGAUGGGUUACGUGCGUAUCAAACGAAGGGAAAAAAGCAUCACGGUGGUACGAUCGCGUCCUCAUAUGCUGGAAGUCAUCAUCCGUUGAAACAUCACCAUAAACGUCCUCAACUCCAGAGUCCUUUGCAGCACCAGCAACAGCAUCAUCAGACGCACACGUCCUACCAUCCACAGUUGAUCCAGGCGUACAAGAUCUUGCACGGAGGACCAAACCGACUGCCGACUUCCCACGAGUACGAGGACGACACUAGUGGCAGUAGCGAAGAGGAGAAUGAGGACGAUUUCCACAGUGGAGCGAUCGGAUAUGGUGGAGGACAGAUCAUUCACACGAAAGGACGUGCAGUUCCGAUCAGCGAACACGUGGAAAUCGAAACACCCGUACCGGUUCCGUACGUGAAAAAGAUCCACGUGCCGAUCCCUCAAGAGGUGAAGGUCAAAAUUCCACACCCGGUGUUGGUUCCCGUACCACGGCCCUACCCAGUGCACAUACCCGUAGCCCAACCGAUCGCCGUACCCGACAUUAAAGAGAUCACGGUACCGAUCGAGAAGAUCGUACCCUAUCCGGUGGAGAAGAAAAUUCCCGUCCCAAUCGAGAAACCGGUGCCGUAUCCGAUCGAAAAGCACGUCCCCGUCUAUCUGCCCCAACCGAUCCCGGUGAAGGUACCGAUCGUGAAGACGAUCAUCCACAGGGUGAAACAGCAGACGGCCAGUGGACCCACGAUACCACCCGGAAGUGGUUCCUUUUGGUAG